AUGAACUCGAAAAUGGAGUUUACCGACCGAGCCAAGAAGGCGUUGGAGGACGCCAUGGUUCUCGCCGAACAGUACGCACACUCACAGCUGCUGCCAGUACACUUGGCAGUCGCCCUACUCGAUCCCCUCCCCGACCAGAGCAAAGAUCUUCAGAACGCACCACCAGGGACGACACAAACCCUCCUACGACAAGUCGUUGAGCGCGCCCAUGGCGAUCCCCAGCUCUUCGACCGUGCUCUCAAGAAGAUGCUCGUCCGCCUGCCGAGCCAAGACCCCCCACCAGAGUCGGUCUCGAUGGCGCCCUCGUUCAACAAUGUCCUUCGCAAGGCCAUGGAGCUGCAAAAGGUGCAGAAGGAUACCUACAUAGCGGUAGACCAUCUCAUCCAAGCCCUCUCAGAAGAUGUGUCGAUCCAGGGUGCCCUCAAGGAGGCCAACAUCCCCAAGCCAAAACUAGUGCAGGAGGCUGUGCAGCAAAUCCGCGGCACCAAGCGUGUCGACUCUCGCAAUGCCGACACAGAGCAGGAGAACGAGAAUCUCGCCAAAUUCACCAUCGACAUGACCGCCAUGGCCAGAGAGGGUAAGAUUGAUCCCGUCAUUGGCCGUGAGGAAGAGAUUCGCCGCGUCGUCCGCAUUCUUUCUCGGCGCACAAAGAACAACCCGGUGCUCAUCGGUGAGCCCGGUGUGGGUAAGACGACCGUCGUCGAAGGUCUUGCCCAGCGGAUUGUCAACAAUGAUGUCCCCGACAACCUUGCGGCCUGCAAGCUGCUCUCUCUGGAUGUCGGUGCGCUGGUCGCAGGCAGCAAGUACAGAGGCGAGUUCGAGGAGCGUAUGAAGGGUGUUUUGAAGGAAAUUCAGGAGUCUAAGGAGAUGAUUGUCCUGUUUGUCGACGAAAUCCACCUUCUCAUGGGUGCUGGUUCAUCUGGCGAAGGUGGCAUGGAUGCCGCCAACUUGCUCAAGCCCAUGCUUGCCAGAGGCCAGCUUCACUGUAUCGGCGCCACCACCUUGGCCGAGUACCGCAAGUACAUUGAGAAGGAUGCCGCUUUCGAGCGUCGUUUCCAGCAAGUCCUGGUCAAGGAGCCGACCAUUCCCGAGACCAUUUCCAUUCUCCGUGGUCUCAAGGAGAAGUACGAAGUCCACCACGGUGUCAACAUUGCCGAUGCCGCCAUCGUGGCCUCCGCCAACCUAGCUGCUCGGUACCUCACAUCUCGCAGACUCCCUGAUUCGGCCGUUGAUCUGAUCGACGAGGCUGCCGCUGCAGUUCGUGUAGCCCGCGAGUCUCAGCCGGAAAUUAUCGACUCCCUUGAGCGCCGGCUACGCCAACUCAAGAUUGAAAUUCACGCUUUGUCUCGUGAGAAGGACGAGGCUUCCAAGACCCGACUCGCUCAGGCCCGCCAGGAUGCCGAGAACGUUGAGGAGGAGUUGAGACCACUUCGUGAGAAGUACGAGAGAGAGCGCCAGCGCGGUAAAGACAUUCAGGAGGCCAAGUUGAAGUUGGAGGCUCUUCGUGUCAAGGCCGAGGAUGCCAGCAGAGUGGGAGACCACAGCCGUGCUGCCGAUCUUCAGUACUACGCCAUCCCCGAGCAAGAGGCUGUCAUCCGGCGCCUUGAGAAGGAGAAAGCUGCCGCUGACGCUGCCCUGAAUGCCAACGGCGGUGACUCUGGUGGUUCCAUGAUCACCGAUGUCGUCGGACCAGACCAAAUCAACGAAAUCGUCGCCCGCUGGACCGGUAUUCCCGUCACCCGCCUCAAGACCACCGAGCGGGAGAAGCUUCUGCAUAUGGAGAAGGCUCUCGGAAAGAUUGUCGUCGGUCAGAAAGAAGCUGUCCAGUCCGUGUCCAACGCCAUCCGUCUGCAGCGCUCAGGUCUGGCCAACCCCAACCAGCCUCCUAGCUUCCUGUUCUGCGGUCCCUCCGGUACCGGUAAGACGCUUCUCACCAAGGCGCUUGCCGAGUUCCUGUUCGAUGAUCCGAAGUCAAUGAUCCGCUUCGAUAUGUCCGAGUACCAGGAGCGUCACUCCCUGAGCCGCAUGAUUGGUGCUCCUCCCGGCUACGUUGGUCACGACUCUGGUGGCCAGCUGACCGAGGCCCUUCGUCGCAAGCCCUUCUCCAUCCUCCUCUUCGACGAGGUUGAGAAGGCUGCCAAGGAAGUUUUGACGGUUCUCCUUCAGCUCAUGGACGAUGGUCGCAUCACCGACGGCCAAGGCCGUGUCGUUGAUGCCAAGAACUGCAUCGUUGUCAUGACUUCUAACUUGGGUGCCGAGUACCUCGCUCGGCCCAACGGCAAGGACGGCAAGAUUGAUCCCACCACUCGGGAGCUCGUCAUGAAUGCUCUCCGCAACUACUUCCUUCCCGAGUUCCUCAACCGUAUCAACUCGAUUGUCAUCUUCAACCGUCUCACCCGCAAGGAGAUUCGCCGCAUUGUCGACCUGCGGAUUAGCGAAAUCCAGAAGCGUCUCAGCGACAACGACCGCAACGUCAUCAUCAAGGUGUCGGAGGCAGCCAAAGACAAGCUGGGUGCCCAGGGCUACUCGCCAGCCUAUGGUGCCAGACCGCUGCAACGCCUGCUUGAGAAGGAGGUGCUCAACCGCAUGGCUAUCCUAAUCCUGCGCGGCAGCAUUCGUGACGGCGAAGUCGCUCGUGUCGACCUGGUGGACAACAAGGUUACUGUUCUCCCCAACCACCAAGAGAGCGAGGCUUCUGACGAGGAGAUGAUGAUUGACUCGGAUGAUGCUCUGGAUGAGAUUGCCCCCGAUUCGAUGGAUGAAGAUCUCUACAAUGACUAG